UUCAGCAUUCUCUGCUACUCGCGCUCUCAAACGGUCGACGAAUUUCUCUUUGCAAACAGUGAAUAUGGGGCAGAAAUUUUGUAAAGGAGUUGUGCAUCGGAGCGGUGUGUCCGAACAAUGUACACCAUCGACCGAUUGGGAAAGAGAUGAGGGUGAAUUAUUUUGGACGUGGAGAGCUAUUCCACCGAGUGCAAGUCAUGUUAGAAAUAAUUCGCCUGCGAAUCGUGCAAGUGCAGAAAAUGAUUUAUUUUGGUCUUUGGGAUCAAACAAAGAUCAAGAUGAGAGUUGUGAAGCAGAAGACAAGGAAGUCGACUUAUUCUGGACGUGGAGAACGACUCUGGAUGAGGAGAGACCUCCUGUUACUGAUGUAACGUUGGUCUCUGUCUCUGUGGCAGCCGAAGAUGAGAUGUCCGGACAGGGUUUCAUUCCAGAGAUCCUGGAAAAUCCGGAAACUCUCGACGGUGGCCCGGAGAUCCUCACCAGUCAGGAUCCACUCCCAGAUAUGGAGAAUCCAGUCUUUUCUGACUCUCAAAUGCAAUUUGGGUUGGAUUUGAACAGCGGUGAUGUUCAAAAUCCAGGCCCAAAUGAGGCAGACGGGGGUGCAGAAAUCCAGCAAUCUCAAUCAGUCGGUCAGUCUGAAGAGAAGCUGGAAGAUGAGGAGAUCUCUGGUGUGAUCUUUCAGGAGAUCAACUCCAGCAUGUAUGAGGUCGGUGAACUGCUGGCGGUAGACAGUUCAGUAUCUGUCUAUGAAGGAACCCGUGUGCAGGAUGACUUGAAGGUGCUAGUGAAAUACAUUAACACCAUGGAGCGGGUGGAUUAUAUCUUCAUCCCGGGUUAUCCUGCACCCCUUCCCCGUCAGGUGGGUCUUCACCUACUUGCCUGUCAGGGAGACGUCGUUCAUGAGAUUCUGCAGCUCGUGGACUGGCAGGAGUUUCCCGACCGCCUGGUCAUGGUGCUGGAGCGCCCUUCUCCUUGUGAGGGUUUAGACGAGUUUCUCGCCAGUAAAGGGGGAGAGCUUGAUGAGCUGUCAGCCAAGGAGAUCAUGUGGCAGGCAACCUGGGCUGCCCACAUGUGCUGCAAGCGGGGUGUUUUCCAUCGGGAUAUCAAGCUGAAGAACUUCUUCAUAAAAGCAGACACCCUGGACCUCAAGCUUGACAACUUUGGGUGCGGAGAGCUGCUUCAUAAGUCUGCCUACAAGACUUUUACAGGAACGAGAGAUUAUUUCUGCCCUGAGUUCUUCCGAACGGGCGAAUACUAUGGAAAGCCGGCGACGGUGUACUCGCUCGGGGUGCUGUUGUUUGCAAUGUUGCGCGGGAAAUUCCCCGACUGCAAUGACAGGAACUCGAUCUGGUCUAAAGACGGCUUGACUGAAGAAUGCUGCAGUUUGUUGGAAGACUGUCUCCAGGAGGAUCCAGAUAGACGUAUUCGUCUGAAAAACAUCUUCAAACACAAGUGGUUCCAGGUCAAAGAUCCUGUUGACGGCCUCCAGACUCCCGUCCGCUCUGAAAACGAGGAUCUCAUUCUGUAUCGAGAAUGGAUGUCUAAAGUGGAGUUGGAGGAAAACAAUCCCGGUGUUGACGUUCAGGAAAUAAAUCGGAACCAGUAUGAAAUCGGCAAAAUGCUGGGGGAAGGCGGCUUUGGAAAAGUCUAUGAGGGAACCCGUGUGCAGGAUGGCUUGAAGGUGGCAGUGAAAAUUGUCUGGAAGAACGAGUAUGUAAUCAAUGAUUACAUCGACAUCCCGGGUUAUCCUGUACUCCUUCCUCGAGAGGUUGGUCUUCAAAUGCUGGCCUGUGAGGGAACAUAUGUUCCUUCGAUCAUCCAGUUACUGGACUGGGAGGACCGUCUGGACCACUACGUCAUGGUCCUGGAGCGCCCUUCUCCCUGUGAGGAUGUGUUGAGUUUCAUGAACCACUCAGGAGGCAAACUCGACGAGAAUACGGCGCAGGUUAUCUUGGGGCAAGCGACAGAAGCUGCUGAAAUCUGCUGCAUGCGGGGGGUCUUCCAUCGAGACAUAAAAGUGGAAAACAUCCUCAUUAACCCGAACACGAUGGAGGUCAAGCUGAUCGACUUCGGAUGUGGCGCUCUGUUUAAAAACUCGGCUUACACAGAUUUUAUGGGCACAGACGUCUACUUAUGCCCUGAGUUCUUCCUAACGGGCGAGUACUAUGCAAAGCCAGCGACGGUGUACUCGCUCGGGGUGCUGUUAUUUGUCAUGCUCUGCGGGAAAUUCCCUCGCAUUGAUGACCUGGACCAGAUCCAUGAGAGGAGGUGGUGCAAAGAAGGCUUGACUAUAGAAUGCUGCCGGUUGGUUGAGGAUUGUCUGCAAAGGAAUCCAGAAGAGCGGAUCCAGCUGGAAGAGAUCUUUGAGCACAAGUGGUUUAAGAUCAGCGAGCCUUAGGAAUGUAAUGAAUGGAACGUCAGGUGUUAGGACCAAUAGGGGUGUAUUCAUGACCUACAAAGUAUGUCAUGCGGCACACCGUUAAGUUGGUAAGUUGCCUGAUAACCUCAAAUUGUGGUUCCAAUGUAAAUAACCAUAGCAACUUCUGCUCCAGAGCAGGGCUCAAGAAAAUGAAUCUAUCACGCAAAAAACCUAGGACUAGUUUGAAUAAGUAGGUUUUGCAUUGAAGCUAGACACGUAACGCUUGACAUAUCAAGCGAUCUCUAAAAAAAAGUAAUAGUGGUGCAACAUAAAAAUAUUUUUAUUCACAUAAGAUAGAACUGCUUUUUUAUCUAGUCUGUGCAAAUCCAGCGUCAGGCUGUAUCUUGUUCACAAAGGAAUCCGUGGUGAAAUGAAGCCAGCAAACACUCAGUUUACCCACGUGAAAACAACGUUUUCAUUUCUCAAGUAAUUUCAAUACUUUACUACUGUGUACGUGCAGUACAGAAGCGUUUUGGCUCCAGUUAAAGAGGGUUAGACUUGGGUCAGAGCCGAUGGUGGAGCGGUUCGUGUUCUGACAUAUGGCGCCGGUGCGUCCCGGGCGACCCGAGUUAGAAUCCCGGCUCGUGGUCCUUUCCCGACCCCACCCCCUCUCUCAGCCACUUCGCUUCAUGUCCUCUCCAAAAAUUACUGUCUGUCCAAUAAAGGCAAAAAUAUAAUUUAUGGGUUAGACUUGAUCAAUUGUUUAUUGUCAUACGAAAUUGUUCAAACUCAAGCUUGUCAAGCAUUCAUUUAGACUUAAUACAGUAAUUGUGUCGACAUCGCUAAUAUGAUUUAAUUUAAGGCAGAUGAAACGCACAUGAUCAGAACACAGCUUGUUCACUUGGAAAAAUAAAAACAGUGCGGCCUUUACUUAUUAUUAUUAUUAUUAUGAGGUACUCAUACUUCUGAUCAUAUUUUUUUCCAGGCACAUUUAAAAAUAAUCCUAACCACAUCAAUCUACUAUUAAUUGUGUUUAUAAUCAUUUAUAAAAAUGAGUGGUUUAUUAAUGGUUAACAAAGACUUGGAGUGAGAAAUGAAAGACAAAAAAAUUACCAAGAAGAAAAAAAAGGAAUAAAUGCAUGCAUACAUAAGUAUAUAAACAAUCAAUUCAGGCAAAAAUAAAUAAAUAGAUAAAUAAAUAAAUAGAUCUGUCAACAAUAUUUACUUUGUACCUUUUAUUUGUAUGUAUUUCUGUGUCUGUAAGUUAAUGAGAUAGGCUGUCCUUCUCAAUACAGGAUAGGGUAUUUGCACAUGUCACGAUACCGCGUUUAAGUAUCAAGAAGUACGGAUGGUGGCCAUGAAGUAUUUACUGCUCUACAAAGGAAUCGCACAAUCUCAAAAUGCCUUAUUUUACGUUGUUUAUGGUUGCCUAAAUCGGUUCUUAUUUUGUGGCAAACGUUGCU